ACCGCUUCUUGUCCUGUUGUUUGCUUUUUACCCUCCGCGUUAUGCUGAACUCGGACAGUCACGUGCGAACAUCGCCGCGAGUCUAGAGAGAAGGAGGACGACGACUUCUCACCUGGUGUGUCCCUUUGACUUUUACCGACAGGGAAAUAUUCCUGUUUUUUUUAUGUGUGAACCGACAUCGCCGGACUCCCAACCCAGCCUGUGAAGAACGUCAACGACAGCAAGUUUUCUCCCUUAGGGAUGAAAUAUGCACACUUUGCAUCCAUAGAAAGCAGAAAACACACUGUGUGAGGUGAAAAGUGGUUUUAAAUCAUGAUGAUGCAGGAGUCGGCCACAGAGACAAUAAGCAACAGUUCAAUGAGUCAAAAUGGAAUGAGCACCCUAAGCAGCAGCCAAUUAGAGGCUGGCAGUAGAGAUGGGAGAUCAAGCGCUGGUGACACAAGCAGCGAAGUAAGCACAGUCGAGCUGCUGCAUCUGCAACAACAGCAGGCACUACAAGCAGCGAGGCAAUUACUCUUGCAGCAGCCAGGCAGUGGCCUGAAAUCUCCAAAGAGCCAGGACAAGCAGCGUCCACUGCAGGUUCCAGUGUCAGUGGCCAUGAUGAGUCCCCAAGUGAUCACGCCACAACAGAUGCAGCAGAUCCUCCAGCAGCAGGUUCUUUCCCCACAGCAGCUCCAGGCUUUGCUCCAGCAGCAGCAGGCAGUGAUGCUGCAGCAGCAACACCUGCAGGAGUUUUAUAAGAAACAGCAGGAGCAGCUUCAUCUGCAGCUUCUCCAGCAACAGCAUCCCGGCAAGCAGGCUAAAGAGCAACAGCAGCAGCAGCAGCAGCAGCAGCAGCUGGCCGCCCAGCAGCUCGUCUUCCAGCAGCAGCUCCUGCAGAUGCAGCAGCUCCAGCAGCAGCAGCACCUGCUUAACAUGCAGCGGCAGGGCCUGCUCUCGCUGCCCGGGCCCGCUCCAGGCCAGGCCGCCCUGCCCGGACAGACCCUGCCCCCACCAGGUGGCUUGAGCCCCGCUGAACUCCAGCAGCUGUGGAAGGAUGUGACCGGAGUCGGUGGCGGCGGCGGCGGUGGCCACGCCAUGGAGGACAACGGCAUCAAACACAGCGGCGGCGGCAUCGGCAGCGCCAACACCGGGACCGGCGUGGUCAGCAGCGGCUUAGACCUCUCCACCAACAACUCCACUUCAACUACCUCCUCCUCCAAUCCUGCCAAAGCAUCGCCGCCCAUCUCGCACCACGCCAUCACCAACGGACAGUCGCCAAUCCUCAACCACAGACGAGAGCGGGAACGGGAACGGGAGCGCGAGAGCUCACUUCACGAAGAAAGCGGAGGAACCCACCCCCUGUACGGUCAUGGCGUGUGCAAGUGGCCCGGCUGUGAAAACAUGUGCGAGGACUUUGGACAGUUUUUGAAGCACCUAAACAGUGAGCACGCCCUCGAUGACAGAAGCACAGCCCAGUGUAGAGUCCAGAUGCAAGUCGUACAGCAACUUGAAAUACAGCUUUCUAAAGAACGUGAGCGUCUUCAGGCGAUGAUGACCCACUUGCACAUGCGGCCCUCAGAGCCCAAGUCAUCUCCCAAACCACUCAACUUGGUGUCGAGCGUCACCAUGUCGAAGAACCUGCCCUCGACGUCGCCCCCGAACUUACCUCAGACCCCCACCACGCCCACAGCCCCCAUCACGCCCAUGGCGGCCAUGCCCCAGGUGCCGUCGGUACUGGGAGGAGCCAACGUCCCCAGCAUGGGAGCCAUGCGCAGGCGCCACUCGGACAAGUACUCCAUGCCUUUGUCGUCGGGUGGUGACACAGUAUUUAUUUUUCCAGAGAUUGCCCCAAACUACGAGUUUUAUAAGAACGCAGAUGUCAGGCCACCAUUCACUUACGCAACCCUCAUAAGACAGGCUAUCAUGGACUCCGCCGACAUGCAGCUAACGCUUAACGAAAUCUACAGCUGGUUCACGCGCACGUUCGCGUACUUCCGGCGCAACGCUGCAACUUGGAAGAACGCCGUUCGCCACAACCUGAGUCUUCACAAGUGCUUCGUGCGCGUCGAAAACGUGAAGGGGGCGGUGUGGACGGUGGACGAGGUGGAGUACCAGAAACGCAGGUCACAGAAGAUCACAGGAAGUCCAUCUCUCGUGAAGAACCUUCCCUCCAGUCUUGGCUACGGAACAGCGCUAAAUGCCAGCUUACAGGCCGCUCUGGCGGAGACCUCCCUGCCAUUGCUGGGGACCCCCGGCCUCAUGACCAGCGCUGCGGGGCCAAUGGGCGGCAGCUGCCACGGCCUGCUUGGCGGUGACCCGUCCGGACCAACCGGCGGCAGCCCGCCCGGGCUGUUGGGCGGGAGUCCGCCCGGUUUGCUGGGGAUCAGCCCGCCAGGAACGCUGAGCUGCAGCCCCCCGACCAUGUUGCAGUCUGCCCACGAGGAGCUCAACGGCUCGCUUGACCACCUGGACACCAACGGACACAGCAGUCCUGGAUAUUCCCCUCCAGUACACAUGCCACCUGUUCACGUGAAAGAGGAGCCGCUCAACAUGGAUGACGACGACUGUCCGAUGUCGCUCGUGACGACGGCCAAUCACAGUCCGGAACUUGACGACGACCGGGAGCUGGAGGAAGGGAACCUAUCGGAAGACCUGGAGUGACUAGGACACGAUCUUUGGUCAAUGUGUCCCACCAAUCUACCGCACUGUUUCUCUUACACAGACCUGCAAGGCUAGAAACCACUCCACCGUCCAAGAACCCACAGCUGACUCACUUUCUCACCACUGGGACUAUUUAUUGAGCAUGUAUCCGGAUAGAGACCAGUCCAGAGGAACUCUUUGCUGCAGACCUUUUGGAUUCCCCAAAACAUGACAGACAUGAGAUGUCUGUUGUAAAAAGAAGAACAAGAAGAAGAAAAAGAAACUCUCUGAGACCUGUUAUAUGUGGGGAGUGGCAUGGCCACAUACAGUGAAAGGAUGAUGGACUCAUGGAUGGGGGAGGAGACAUGAGACAAAUAAGCAAAUCAUGUUCUGUCGAAAGCUCGCGGCCUCCUAUACUGCCAAAAAAAAGAAAAAAUGGAAGACGUUUUAUGUUUGUGAAUAACCCAACCCACAGUAGUUGUUAAUGUCUAGAGACAAUUGCUGGUUCAAUUCAAGUUGUUGCUCUGUUAUCAUUUGCACAGGAGUAGUCUCGGAAAAUUGUGUCACUGCCUGUAUGUUGCUACUAUUAUUAAAAUCAGCUUAUUAUUUUUAGCUUUUUUUUUUUCUUUGUUUUUUUCUUUGUUUUUUUUUACCAUUGUUAAUUUCCAGAUCUGAUUUAUAGACACCACCAACUGUAAAUGCCAUCCCUCGAAUCACAACUGCAGUACCAAGACUGUUUUCGCAACUGUUCGGAGAAAAAAAAAAAAAAAAAAAACAAAAAAAAAAAACAAGGGAAAAAAAAAGUUGGCUUCCAGUCUGUUAUGUGUUUGUGAUUAAAAAGUCUAAAAAUGAAGUUGGAGAAAUAAUAACAGUUUGUGGAAAAAAAAAAAAGAAGAAAAACGCCAUUUACAAAACAAAUGCAUUUCUGCGUAACUUUCCUCUUGCUCUUCUUACCUCGGCGUUAUAAAGCUUUGUCUACCUGCAAACAGUGACAGGCAACAGCUAAAAACCAAAGCCAAACUCUAGCAAUGGCCAAUAGCUUACAGGCAGAAGCCACCAAACUCCUCUUUUUUGGUCUCACCUUCUGUGACUUUAAACUAGUUCAAAGAGAAGCCUUUUUUUUUUUUUUUUUUUGCUUUUUUUUCUGUCCACAAGCUACCUUGGAAAAACCUCUGGGAUUGUUUCAUUUAGCCCUAUACAAAGAUGGUCAGAGCAGAAACGAGUGUCGAUUCUUCAUGUGUAAUUUGGGAACUCAUAAAAAAAAAAAAUGUCUACUCCGGUUAUCUUCUGCCAGGCAUUCUGUCUGUGAAAUAACCAUAAACGUAGACCAUGACCAAAAUAAAACGUUUGUGUAUUCAAUAGAAGUGCAAAAUCAUCUUGAUGUUGUGAAGGUUUUGUUAAUUUUUUUUUUUAUUAUUAUUACUUUUGUUAUGCAUUACACAUUGAAACUUAUUGUUUUUUUUUUUUUUUUUUUUUUUUUUUGUAUACAAACCUGUUGGAUAUCAUUUUGUUUUAGGUGGAACCGUCCGAAGGCGUUCACAUCUUUACUUUACCGUGGCGGUUUUUGUUCUGAGCUGCGUCAAAACAAAAAAAAAAAGAAAAAAAAACUGAAAACACUACUAACCAAACAUGAAAACUAUCUAGUGAAGCCAAAUAAGUCAUAAUUUCAAGUUAAUAUGAAAUAAUGUGGCUUGGUUAGCAUGGGAAAGCAAACAGUGAUAGCCAUUGUGGAAGGGGAAAAUCUAAGGUGACCUUUUCUAGGUGAGAUUUGCUUUAACUUCGUCCAGCGCUCAUUGUGUGGGUUACGGAUUUGAAACUUUGCAGGUUUAUACACACACAAGUGUAAUCUGGAUAGGUGGUCAGCUUUUUACGAUACACUUUGUACUUAUAGAAGAAGAAGUACUUCCUGUUGUUUUCCUCCUCUAAGCCUGCAUUGAGUGCUGGUCAUUUCGCCCCUUUCGCCAUUUCGUACUUUUGCAGUUUCGGUCGUUUCGCACCCGACUUUUUCAGGGCCAAAAUGGUAACAUCUGCUGGUGGAAGUUUUGUAUCGACAAUACACCAAUUUGUAUCCACUUUGAUAACCAAAAGUGAUUUUCUUUAAUUUACUCAUAGUCUGUUGUAGUGAGAUUAUUUGACUCCAUUGUAUACCUGCAGGAGGUUGUAUUUUAUGAGUCAACCGGCAAAAUGCUGACACAACCACAAACAACGGGAAAAGAAUGCAAUGUGAAUAUUUCAGAUAAAAUGCAACUGAAUCAAAUUACAAGUGAGACUUGACAGUUUUGAACCAUUUUAUGUUCACACUUUAUGGAAUUUACUUAACAACUAAAAACAAACUCAUCAUCCUUGAACUUUGUUGCCAUGAUGUUGGUAGGCAGAAUUGCUUUAGACAUGACAGAGAGGGGGUAUCAUUUUUAUUUUAUUUUAUUUUAUUUUUUUUACAUAUCUUGCAAUGGUGGUUUCAAUUUUGCGAUAAAAGAUGUUCCAAUCAUAAAGGCAGUUAAGUAAAGUCCACUUUUUACUACAUCCUAAAAGUCAGGACAUGUGACAGACCACAAACGGAGAAGUUAAGUUCGAGUCUGGCUUGGAAUUCAUUGUUUUAUUUUUAUGCAAACAGCAGUUUAAGCUUCUUUUUGAUUGUCUGGUAGCCAUGGUUAUUGUGUUUGCCUAGUGCUGAGCUUGCCUAUCAAAAUGGCGGCCCACGUCCGGUUCAGACGAGCCGUAAUCACAUAUUGAAAAGGGGACAAAGGAGGGUUACGAAUGACGGCGUGUCGGUACGAAAUGGUAAAGGGGAAAAGUGACCCCAAAGUGUUGUCGCUUUAAUGGUCAUUUCUGUUUUCAGUAAACCAAAGUUACACAAAAUUCUGCCUCCUCUUGAACGGGAUACGCAGUAAAACUCACACCCAUGCCCUGUUCUAGUCUGGCGUAAAGACAUACAGAGACCAGGUGGUCAGCUUUACCGUCUUUCACGUACAUAAUGGCUUUUUAAAAAGAGCGACGCGUUAAGCUUCGUUCUGAACCAAAAUCUGAACCGCACUGUGCGUCCGUCGCUUUUGAGUUGUCAGGCCAGAGCUUAAAACACACACUGUACAAAAAGCACUGCUUGUAGGCACAUCCUCACGCACCCGAGAGCCGGCGCCGCGUCAAGAGGCCAGGAGUCGGAACAAUGCCGACUCCUGAGGAAGGGACAGAAAUGACGUUCUUAAUAAUCUUACUCACACCAAAUAAAAAAGGGCGCUUCGUCUUUCAUUUAAAGAGAAACAAAAAAACAACAAAAAAAGGGUUCUCCCACUUACUCCCCCCUCCACUCCCACCCCCCAAAAAAAAGGCUUUCCAAAAGCUUCUACCUCUGCACAACAACUUCAGAACAACCACAACAGAGAUUGCACGAGUUUCGAGAGCUCUCCCACUUUCCCCACUGCUUGUCUUUCAUAGGAUGUGGCUCAAAACCAACGUUUACAUUCCCUGCGUCAAGAUAUAGGGAGGAGUCGCAUUGUGAUAGGUUGUCUGCAAACAUUUGUAGAAUGAUAAUGUAUAGAUUAACCUGUAAGGGGAAUAUCGUGUUUUUAAAAAUGCAUGUCUAAAAAUCAUUUGGUGGACUGGAAACAAAAAGAAAUACAAUAAAACUCAUCGGGACGAUGGCCUACGUGUUGCAAUGCAUAGGAGUGCAUUACCUCAGAGGGAUAAAAACCUGUCAGCCACAGAAUGCAUAUUACCUGUAGAUUUGCAUGGGUUUUUUUAAAAAUAAAAAAAAAAAAAAAAAAAAAAAAAAAAAAAAGUCUAAAAUAGUUGCUUGCACAUAAUACCAGAAAGACCUCCAGAACUGCGAUCUGCUCCUCCACUAGAUUUUAGGAUUGUCUGGAUUUUCUGGGUUGAUUUUUGUCUGUAUUUUGAUAACUGUGCAUACUUAUGUAAAAAGGAAAAAAGAAAAAAAAAAUCACGUCGGUGGACCCAUGAAAUUUACCAGACUUUUUUCUAAGAGGGACGAGAAAAAAA